UCAAAAUAUGGCAUCUUCUUCUCACAAACUCUCAAUCCUCUUUUCUUUCUUAAUAGCUCUCGUCUCCCUCACGACCGUUAAGGGAGAUCUCAUAGACACAGUCUGCGCCAAGACUCUUCGUCCCGCUUCCUGCCAGCAAACCCUAAGAUCCGACCCCCGAUCCAAGACAGCCGACCUUAAAGGGCUAGGCCUCAUCUCCACUGACAUUGCCACAAAGCAGGCCAUUUCAGGAAAGGCCCUGGCCCAGGGCCUUGUGAAUGUGAGCUUUGACCAGAGAGUGAAGUCAGCGAUCUCUUAUUGCUUGGAAAAGUAUGAUGAGUCCGUUUUUCAUUUGGGGCAGUGCUCGGAAUCGUUGAGGUCUGGGGUUUAUGGAGGAUUGAACUUCGAAGCUUCUUCUGCGGGGAAUAGUAUCGAGGCUUGCGAGGAUGGGUUUGCUGAUUUGCCUAGGCCUGAGCCUCGUCAACUCCAAGCUGCUAAUUCUAAUUUGCAAGGAGUUUGCGAUAUUGUUUUGGUUAUUAGUAAUCUUCUUCUGAAGGCCUAGAGAGGGUGUAGUUUAAGGAGGCAAUAUAUACAUAGUAUAUAUACUUCCUCCUUUUUUACAACUUGCAACAUUGAGAUUUUUGCACUUUUACAACUUGCAACAUUGAGAAUUUUGCACUAUUGACAUACGUUAAUUUGACUAUGAUAUUCUGAGUU